AGCGCCGCGCAGCGCACCAGAGCCAGUCAGCAAAGCCUCCUUUAUUCCGUUUCUCUACGAGCUCACUCACUGUCACACUGUCUCUCCCUCUCUCACUCACUCUCACACACACACACGAGAGCUCUGUUCAUUGUAAAACCGCAGGGACGCGCACUUCAGAACUCUCUCUCUCUCUUAUUACGCGCGCGCACUUUCGCUCUUUAUCAACGCCGCGUUUCCUCUUUUCUCACUGGCGGCACGCGUCUCCGUCUGCGCUUUGGCUCCCGUACAGUGCAGGAUGAACAAGCACCACAGACUCCAGAGAGAGAGAAAAGACUGAGUAAAUGAAAAACAAGGAAUUAAAGGAGGAAAGCGAGGUUAAACGAGGAGGAAAAUAAGGAAGGUUGGAUGAAGACAGUUUGGGAAGCAUUUGGAUUUGUAUCAUUUUAAACAUCUUCAUCUGCGACUCCGUCUCUUUCCGUCGGUGGAAAAGGAAUCAGUUAAGGUGGUAGGUGAUGCAUAUAUUACCCGGGUGACCUGAUUUACACCUUCAGUGAAGGGAGACGUAGAGGAGCAUUCUUGUCGAGGGACUCACCUGGUACACCAGGUCAGCCCCUUAUCCUUUUCGACCCAAACCAGCUUCACGCUCCAGACCGUGUGCCCUGGAUCUCUCGUCUAUCAUCUCUGGACCUUGACGUGGGAACAGCACCGGAACGGACCGCCCAAUGCUGAGGAGGAACGGUCUUCUGCUGGUCCUGUGCUUCUUCUUCGAGCAGAGCUCCUGCGCUCCCUUCCAGAGCAGGCCAGGGCAGGAGUGGCCCCGCGGCGGCCUGGCGGGGCGGUUGGCGGGAGGGAGGAAUGGGGGUUCCAGGGGUUUCCAGAGGGUCAAGAGGGGCUGGGUCUGGAACCAGUUCUUUGUGCUGGAGGAGUACAUGGGCUCAGACCCACAGUAUGUGGGAAAGUUACACACUGACCUGGAUAAAGGGGAGAACGGGGUGAAGUACACUCUCUCGGGUGAAGGUGCUGGGACAAUCUUCACCAUCGACCAGACCACAGGAGACAUACACGCCUUGCGCAGUCUGGACCGCGAGGAGAGGCCUUUCUACACACUACGAGCCCAAGCUGUGGAUAUCGAGACUAACCGGCCACUAGAACCCGAGUCAGAAUUUGUCAUCAAGGUGCAGGACAUCAACGACAAUGAGCCAAAGUUCCUGGAGGGACCCUACACGGCCAGUGUACCAGAGAUGUCACCCGUGGGUACCUAUGUGACCAAGGUCACAGCGACAGAUGCAGACGACCCCACCUAUGGCAACAGUGCACGGGUGGUGUACAGCAUACUACACGGGCAGCCAUACUUCUCAGUGGACCCUAAAACAGGUGUCAUCAGGACGGCUCUACCCAACAUGGACCGGGAAGUCAAAGAGCUUUAUCAAGUUCUCAUCCAGGCCAAAGACAUGGGGGGCCAGUUAGGGGGUCUGGCAGGGACCACCACCAUUAACAUUACCCUCAGUGACGUCAACGAUAACCCACCCCGGUUCUCAAAAAGUAUCUUCCACCUGCGGGUACCGGAGUCUUCGGCGGUCGGCUCUGCAGUCGGCCGAAUCAAAGCUCACGAUCUUGACAUAGGAAAGAACGCCGAGGUGGAAUACAACAUUGUUCCUGGAGAUGGAGGAAGCAUGUUUGAUAUCACCACCAAUGAACACAAUCAGGAGGGGAUAAUUACACUCAAAAAACCACUGGACUAUGAGACAAAGAAAGCCUAUACAUUUAAAGUGGAGGCUUCAAACGCACACUUGGAUCCACGGUUUCACAGUUUCGGACCGUUUAAAGACACUGCGACUGUAAAAAUAAAUGUUCUGGAUGUGGAUGAGCCUCCGGUCUUCAGCAAAUCCUCCUACACGAUGGAUGUUUACGAGGAUACGCCACAAGGCACAAUUAUAGGAGCUGUAACAGCACAAGAUCUGGAUGCGGGAAACAGUCCGGUCAGGUAUUCCAUUGACUGGAAGAGUGAUCUGGACAGCUUCUUUGACAUCGAUCCCGUCAGAGGAACCAUCUCAACCAAUGAGCUUCUGGACAGGGAGAGUAUAGCCCAGCACAACAUUUCUGUCGUGGCCACUAAAGUUAGUAACCCAGUGUUGACCAGUAAAGUGGCCGUAACAGUUCACGUGCUGGACAUUAAUGAGUUUCCACCAGAGCUGGCCAUGCCGUACGAGACCUUCGUGUGUGAGAGCGCCAAAGCCGGUCAGGUGAUUCACGUCAUCGGUGCAAAUGAUCAAGACCUCCCUCAAGCUGGCCAGCAAUUUUCCUUCAGAUCUCCUCAAGAAGGAGUAAAGACGAAAAAUUUCACCAUCAGAGACUUUGGAAAUAACACAGCCGGAGUUGUGAGCCUCCGCAGUGGCUUCAAGCGCCGCUCUCAGGAGAUCUAUCACCUUCCAGUGGUAAUUGAAGAUGGAGGUCUGCAGACAUUGAGCAGCACCAGCACCCUCACCAUCCGUGUAUGCGGCUGCGACGCCGACGGGUCUUUAUUAACCUGCAACGCUGAAGCUGUUUUCCUGCCCGUGGGUCUCAGUACAGGAGCCUUGAUCGCUAUUCUGGUGUGCAUCAUCAUACUGCUGGCAAUCGUAGUGCUGUACGUGGGGGUGCGACGACAGAAAAAGAAAGAGACUCUCAUGACGUCCAAAGAGGACGUCCGCGACAACGUAAUCCAUUAUGACGACGAGGGCGGAGGCGAAGAGGACACGCAUGCCUUUGACAUGGGAACUCUUCGAAACCCUAAAGUCAUCAAAGACAACCUCUUUCGGCGAGACGUUAAGCCCGAGUUGAGCUUGGGUCCACGCCGGCCAAUCGCCUCGCAGAAUAGCGCUGACAUCAGUAACUUUAUCAGUCAGAGGCUACAGGAACACGACGGUGACACCGCAGCCCCGCCCUACGACUCACUGGCCACGUACGCCUAUGAGGGCGAGGGCUCGGUGGCCGAGAGCUUAAGCUCGAUAGAAUCGGUUAAAGGAGAAGCUGAGGAGGAAUUCGAUUACCUCAAUGAGUGGGGACCUCGCUUUAAAACCCUCGCAGGGAUAUUUGGAGAAAAAUCACAGAGCCAGUCAGAUGUUACAUCCACACCUGAAAACAAACACUGAUGAUUUAUUUCGUUUUUUUUACAUUGGCUUUGGAAUAAACAGAUGUUCAACUUUUGCGUAUCAAAUUUGUUUUUAUUAUUUUGUAGUUCUUUGGUUUUCCUUUUGAACCUCAUGGUUUUUCGUUUGCCUUGAUAGAAACAACAAAGGAAGCCAGAUCAACAUGCAGCCUUUCGUAUCUGUAAAUGAAUGUUGGAGGGUUUUAGGUCCUAUUUAUUAAGCUUAGCUUUUUAAAGAAAACAAAAACAAACUACUACAUAGAUGAUGCAACAUUUUUCAUCCUUAUAAAAGUGCCUCAAUGGAGUUGGUUUGUUAUUCUUGUGUUUAUGGUUUUGUUCGUCACUCUCCUUGUGUUACGAACCGUAGCCGACCUUGAUCCUGAGCUUCGGCAAAAGACGUUCUGAGGAGAAAAUGUCUAAACGGGCCUUGUUUGGCCAAAGUUAUUUUUGAAUGUUAUUUAUGAUCCUAUUUAUUUAUUUGUGAGGCUUUUGAGACAGGUUGUACUGUUUUGUUAUGUAUUUAUCUAUUUAUCAUGAUUUCAAACGGAAUAUGGAUUUCUUAUUUUUUUGAUGACACAAGGAAUUUCAUAAUUAUUUGCUCCUCGGAAGGACGUGGACAUUGUAGUCCCUAAGAGGAAAUUGUAUAGACUGGUUGUAAAAAUCAAUUUAGGGCUAAAGAUGAGCAAAUAUAGUCCUGUAAAAAAAAACGUUUUCUUAAAUAAACACCACAUGGAAACAAAA